AUGAGCUCCGUCACCGAAUUUUACCGCUGCCAAAUCGGCGGCGAGACCGUCAUCAACUACGCCUAUACCGACUUCCCUUUUCGCCUUCUGGCCAAAGAUGUCUACUACUUUUUCGCCUACUGUUGGGCGCUGCCUUGGGUCUUCUUCCCUCUACGUCCCUUUGGAUCGGGCGAGCUUGAUGAACUGUAUCCAUCGCGGAUGAACAUAUUCUGCCUCACCGUGCACUUCUUCCUGCUAAUUUCUCAGAUCGCUUUUCUUAUCGCUCUGCCAUUUGCGAUAUUUUUCCCAGCCUGGAUGGGAAUCGCAGCCAUCGUUGGCUUUCAUUCCCUAAACAGGCUGGUCUGCAUGCUGUUGAAUGGCAAAGACAUCAUCUUUCACUCUGAUGAGAAGUAUGCCAAAGCUCGACCAGAACAUGCGCACGAGCAGUGGGUGUUUUUAAACGGCGUCUCUACUGGCGAGCACUGGAUGAAGACGAACCUUAAUCGUUUAGCUAUUACGUUUGGUCGUCCAAUUCUCGGCAUCCAUAAUCGUACUUCAGGCGUAGUUUUCGACGUCAUCGAAUGCCUCAUUCAGCGCAACUUUUCAUAUGCAACCGGCGAUAUUCGUGCUUGCUAUAGACAUAUUAAAGAUAUUCUCUAUAACCCUAAAAAGACAAAGGUGGUCUUCAUCAUGCACUCUCAGGGGGCCAUAGAAGGUGGCAUGGUUCUGGACUGGCUCCUACAAGAGAUGCCCCAAGAUCUUCUCGCAAAACUCGAAGUAUACACUUUUGGCAGUGCCGCCAAUCAUUUCAAUAACCCUCACCGCCACGUAAUCUCACAGGACUUGACCCGGUCGAAGCCAUUUGAGGCUAUGCAGACAAUCGUCUCCGAGACUUGCUAUGAAACUCCGGUCACCACUCCGCUGGAAGUCAAGAAAGAUCCGAUGAUUUCUGCAUCCUUAUUACGACGAUCCUCCUCUAUAGCGUCGUACCAUACUGCUUCUGCUGCCAAAGACAGAGCUAUUGGCCAUAUCGAGCAUUAUACCCACAACACUGACUUUGUCGCUAUAUGGGGCAUUCUUCAUUUUGCCACUAAUAGAAUGGCCUCCAGGCAGCUACCUCGCUUCCUCGGACGUCUUUUCAACCGGUCCAAUGGCCACGGCGGACACCUUUUUGUCCAACACUACCUUGAUGGCUUGUUUCCUCUAAGGCAGGAUCCGGAGACUGGGGAGUUUGUCGGAGUCGACGAAAACAAUGCAUUCAUGGAAGAGGUCAUCAAGUUUGGAGUUGAGGGCACCGCCAUGGAGAAUGUGCGAGAAGCCUUUGAGAUUAGUUACGGAGGGACGGGAGGGUUUGGAACAGGCGAGAUAUCAACCCCGAUCGAAGUAUACGAUCAGUUUUCAGCUCGCAAAAAGCAGAGGAAGGACGUCAAAGUCAAAGAACUUAGCAGGCUGUGGAUGUACAGAAAUGGGCGGAGCCCACCUGAGAUUUCAGCUGCCUUGGCAGCGGAGUUGGCUGGCAUAGACCGGAGGAACUCUCUGCUAUAA